UCCCACACACCAGCCGCCUUUUCCUCCAGGGCACCCCCCGCACCCCAGCCUUCCCAGAAGUACGGUGCCCUAUAGAGCUAUAUAUAGUUAGAACUGGGUGGGACCAAGGGUCAUUCACUUGGCUUCUGUGCCCGUCCGGGGAUGGUUGGUGUCUCCUUGCUGCCUUUCUGAUCUCUGGCUGUUCCCUCUCUGGACGCUGCUGCCUCUCUUCAACGCUUGUCUGUCCUAGUAAGAUCUUCCUUUCUUUUUCUUUCUUUCUCUUCUGAUUCUUACUUCAUGCCUUUACAUCCCCAAAAUCUAGAGGAUCGGGCUGGCAUUUUAUUUAAGAGUUGGUUAAACAGAUAAUUUUUAAUUAAAAAAAAUACCUGGUGGGUAUUGCAGGUUCUUCAAAUGUGGGAGGGAGUGACCGAGGGGAGAAAAGUCCAAAUGCUGCCUAGUUGAGUGGAGCAGAUAAGACGAAAGUCUUGGGCAGCACAGCCCCUGUUCUUUGCAGCCAGCAAGCACCUAUCUGGCAUUUGCGCCCAUUUUUGAAUUUAUUGCUCGGCCUCCACUGCAAGCAUAAAUUAAAGGUGAGGUGGAUGCUGCAGGUUGUUCUGUAAAAGGAGAUUAGAUGAGCCAGGUGGUCCUAGGCAGAAAGGCACGAUAUGGAGAGUUACAAUAUAAUUUUUGAAAGGACUCUGAAGCUGGAACCUUAAAGGUGGAUCUGAUGCUUGAUCCUUGGGAAAUCUAGGUAAGGCUUUCAGCAGGCUUCUUGCAUCCCUUGAAAGGCUAAGAUAACAUCCCAAAGGUGCCACUUUCAGGGAUGUGAUGGAGCAGGGGUUGCCAACAUGGUGCCCGUGGGCACAGCGAUGCCAUUGAAUUCUCCCCCUGGUGCCCACAAAGCCUCUGGUCAUAUAACCCACUUACUGGCCCCUUUGUCAUGAGGUGGUGAGCUCAGGCAGUUCCUUUUUCCUCCCCCAGAAAGUACACAGAGCUGCAGCAGGAAGAAUGUCAGUCUUCUCCUCUUCCCCUUUCAGACCUCUCUGCUUUUCAAGGCUUAGGUUAAUCCACUGAAUCCAACUUGGCCCAAAUUCCUUUGAAUUAGCUUAUCAUGAAAGUUCAUCAGGAUGUUUUUACUAAAAUGCAUUUCCCCCUCAUGUAAUGCAUUUAUAGGUGUUAUUUUACCUAAUAUAUGCAUGUUUAUGUACACCUUUCCCUAAUAAUACACCUUUACCUAUGCACCUGCAAUGCAAUGCAGUGGUUGGAGACCUGCGUUGGAAAAGUUGGAGAAGUGCAGCAUUCAGUGCUUAGCUGUGUUCAUGCAUUGUUUCAGGAAAUGUGGGUUAGGCAGCCACGCAUUAAAUUGCCAACACAAUUGAAUUUCUCCUGCAUCCAUCAUUGAGAGGCAGUGUGGAGAAUUGAGCAGAGAUCCAGGAAGCCUUCAGUUCAUAUCCCUGCUUAAUGCCCAAGGUCAUCACUGGGUGACUUUGGCUUAAUCAAUGUCAAUCUCUCAGCCUAACCCACAACACAGCUUGUUCUGAUAAACUUGAGAAGGGGCAAAGGGCGAGAGAGAGAACAGUGUAUGCUGCCCAUGCUCCUUAGACGAAAGGCAGGAUAAAAAUAAAAGCCGGACACAGAGGCGAUGAAAUUGAAGACUGCAGAUGUAAACUACAUUGUCUAGAUCCGAAUUUACAGUGCCAUGCAGCCCAGAACACUGCAACAACCAGCAUCACGAACGCUAAGCAGUUUAUCGGGAAAUGCAAGAAUAUACCACAAGGCAGAGCAGGGCUCCAGUUACCAUGCCAGUUUCCCCUUCUGAACUAUUUAUAGGGCAUUUGUCAGCUUGGCCUGUAGAUUAUCCAGCAGCUGCUUUGCAGGCAUCACAUUCCUCUCCGGCUUGCAAUAGUUCAGCCUGAGUCAGCCCUGAGUAGGACGGGGCCUGGGAGGAAGAGGUGGCGAAAGCAAGGAAAUCACAGGUUGCUUGCUCAGAAGAACUGCACUAGCCUUCUGCAAUUGAGCAACAAGCCUGGGAUUCCCACUUUGAGAAAGGCACCAGCUUUGGGUGCUUUUAUCAUGCAGGACAGUUGCUAAGAGACCGAGCUGUGAAUCAAGGAGAGCCUGGGUUGAAAUGGGUUUCUUCCACAAAUUCACACAACGCUUCUCAAAGUUGGGUCCCAAGCUGCUGUUGGACUACAACUCCCAUCAUCCCUCGCUAGCAUGUCGGGAAUGAUGGGAGUUGUAGUCCAACAGCAGCUGAGGACCCAGGCUUGAGAAACAUUGACUAAGGUCACAUCCACACCAUGCAUUUAAAGCAUUAUGAUACCACUUUAAGGAGUUCCUCCAAAGGAUCCUGGGAGCUGUGGUUUGUUAAGGGUGCUGAGAGUUGUUAGGAGGUCCCUAUUCCCCUCACAGAGCUACAACUCUCAGAGGGGUUCAACAAUCAAAUCCCUCUUCCCAGGGAACUCUGAGAAGCCUCUGGGAAGUAGAGGUCUCAUACUCUGGUUGAGGAAGAUGCACUGCUGUCUUCUCUGGCUGAUCCUUUAUGAUCCACUAUAAUCUCCACAGUCUCUCUGGUCUCUCUCACCAGAAUCUCCUCUGUCUCUCCCUCAGUCUCCAACUCCCCUCAGAAUCUGUACAGAAGCUUCUCCAGCCUAAAAGAACUGUGAUGUUACAGUAACAAUUCUAAACGAGUCAGUGCGGUACAGUGGUUAGAGCGUUGGACUAGGACCUGGGAAAGACCAAGGUUCAAAUUCCACACUCUGCCAUGAAGCUCACUGGGUGACCUUGGGCCAGAAAGUCACUGCGUCUCAGCCUAAACUACCUCACAAAGUUGUCAUGGGGAUUCGAUGAGGAAAGAGAGAACCAUAUAUGCCACCUCAAGCGCAAAGCUGAGAUAUAAAUGCAACAAAUAAAUAAUAAAUAGUGGUAGUGGUAGUAAUAAUAGUGUAUUUCCAGUUUCUGGUGGGUGCCUGCCCCAGUGCAGAGAAUAAGGAGGCACUGGCGGUCUGAUAUGUGUGUGGUUAAGCGAAAUAAAAAUAGAACAUGGGUUCAAAAUCUCAAGUGCAAGCUCUUUUGGCCCCAGGUUCCUGCUCUUUCCGCCACCAUGUCGAAGAAGCCUCUCAUUCAGGGCAUGCACCAGGACCUCAGCUGCCCCAUCUGCCUCAAGCUCUUCCAAUCUCCCGUGACGGCAGAAUGUGGCCACACCUUCUGCCAGGAUUGCUUGUCCAAGGUGCCCAAGGAAGAAGAUGGCAAGAGCACAGGGUGCCCCACCUGCCAGGCCAUCACCAAGGUGGAACAGCUGUGCAUCAACCAACAGAUGGAGCACCUGGUGGAGAGCUUCCGGCAGGUGCCCCGAGACCACUGCGAGGAGCACCUGGACCCCCUGAGCGUGUACUGCGAGCAGGACCGGCAGGUCAUCUGUGGGGUGUGCGCUUCCCUGGGCAAACACAAAGGACACAACAUCAUCACUGCAGCUGAGGCCCACCAGAGGAUGAAGGUAGGUAUCAGUUUUUGAAGGCCUUCCUAUCUGGCACCAGACUUACCUGGUCUUGUAAAUCACUCCAGUGGACAAACCAGUUUAAACUGAGCAGUUUAUCAUGCAUACCCUCCAACAUUUCUCUGAUGAAAAUAGGGACGUCCCAUUCCGUAAUGACAAUUUUACUAUUCUUACCCGGCACAUCUUACUGGGAUGCCCCAGCCACUCUGGGCAGCUUCCAACAUAUAAAAAAACAGAAUAAAACAUUAAACAUAAAAAACCCUUCCCUAUACAUGAUUGCCUUCAGACCGCUUGGGGGGGUCGGAUAACUCCAGACCCUCCAACAUUUCUCCAAUGAAAAUAGGGACAUCCUAAGGAAAAGUGGGACAUUCCAGGAUCAAAUCAGAAACCAGGAUGGCUUCUCUGAAUCAGGGACGUUCCUGGAAACUAGGGACAAUUGGAGAGUAUCAUGUGGCAAAACUCUCCUAUGGUCUGCAGACGUUGGACUACAACACCCAUCAUCUUUGUGCAUUGGUUAAGCUGUCUGAGGAUUAUGGGAGUUGUAGACCAACACCUGGAGACCUACGGUUGAAAGCCCCUGAGCUAGCCAACAUGGUGCCCUCCAGAUGUUGCUAGACUCCAACUCACAUCAGGCUCAGCCUGCAUGGUCAGGGAUGAUGGGAGUUGUAGUUCAGCACCAUCUGGAGAGCACCAUAUUGGCUAUCCAACUGGACAGAAAUCUUUCCCAGCCCUAUUGGAGAUGCCAGGGAUUUGAGCUAGACAUGCAAAGCAUAUUUUCUGUACCUGAACUAAGACCUGUCUUUUGUGUUUUUAAUGGGAAUUUUGCCCCAAAUGUGGGGUUUGCAUCUCAUGCUAGUCCUGCUCAGAGCAGAGCCAGUGAAAUGAAUAAAUUGCAACCACACCCAUUAACCUCAAAGGGUCUGAGUCAAUCUAGCAUCGGCUACAACCUGUGUGGUUUACCCACCAGAUCCACCCUGAGUUCUCAGGUUUGCAACCAGGGUGGGAGAAAGAAACCCAGCUAAAUAACCAUUUGUUUUAAAUGAUAUAGAUAUAGUAGUGGUUUCCUCUCUGGAUUAGACCCACAUGCCUUAUUCCCCUUUUCUUUUCUUGGCGUAAUUUUAGAAGCAGCUUCCUCAGCAACAAGUCCAGUUGCAAGAGGCCCAAGUCCGCAAGGAGAAGACAAUUGCCCUUCUGAAUCGGCAAAUAGCAGAAGUGGAGGUGAGUGAAGUUAUCUGUAAGGACACAUUUAAUCUACCAACAUAUCAGAGGUUUGUUUUUUUACAGGGUUAACUAACAUGACUUCCCCACAAAGAAUCUUGAGAUUUGGAUUUCCGUAGAAGUCCCAGUAAUCCUCUGUGGCUGGGGCCGGCCGCAUCAUAGGGCAGAGUGAGGCAAGUGCCUCAGGCAGCAGGUGCUUAGAUUGAGAUAUGUGUACCUCAUGGCAUGUUCUACAGCCACUAACUUGCCUGCUGCCCUCAGGUGCUCUGGAAGGUGUUCUCCCAUUGCUGGGGUUGGCGUAAUAUUCAGCUGACAGACCAGUUAUCGUCUGUAUGUGGAAGGGGUAGCCACCAUAUUGUCCUUUGCCUCAGGCAGCAAAAUGCCUUGUGUCGGCCUUGUCUGUGGGAGAUCCCCAUCUGCUCCUCACAGACAGGGCCAAUCAGAGGAGGGCCAUUUGACCUGAGCUCCAAACUCAAAGGAGGCCUCAAAUUUACACACUUGCCAAUGGGGGGGGGGGGCGCAUUUGAUAAGGUUCACAACUUGUUUUUUUGCACAUCAGACCAAACUGUGACACACACUUUCAGCUAGAAGCUAGAAAAGUGUUUGUUACAUUAAAUAUAUAUGUAUUCCAAUUAUAUCUCACUCUUCCUCAGUGCCUUGUUUUGCUUUCGUGUGUCAUUGCUUUUCAUUUUUAUUAUAGCUAAGCGAACAAAACCUGGAAGUGGUCCAGGCUCCCUGGGACUCUACUCACAGAACUACAAUUCCCAGUGGUCCCCUGGGAAGUAAGGAAUGGCUAUGAAGCCACUUUGUAGGGUUGAUGUGUGCCCAAAGUACAUUUAAUCAGAAUAUUUAGGAAGCCUUGUUUGAUAAAAUCCUGCCUAUUUUUCCUAACUGCUCACUGGUGAAGAAGGGAUUGUUCAAUUCUGUGAGGGCCAGUUAACACUCAAUUCCCAGCCUGAAAAUUAUGUUUCCUCAUGUGGAGAGAAAGCCCUGAAGAAAGAAUAUUGGGAACUGUAGUUACCCUUCACAGAGCUACAAUUCCCAACGCCCUUAACAAACUACAGUUUCCAGGAUUCUUGAGGGCAGAUGUGCUUUAAGGCAUGUACACAGCCUUAAAUAUCUUUAUUAAUUAAGUCAUUUAAGUCUCCACAACUCAUUUUCCUCCUGAGUAAACUACCACCUCGACAGCUAACCUAAACACCACGGGAUUUGCGAGGGAGGCUGCAUGCCAAAGAGGAUGCUGGGAAAGAAUGACACAAAGCUGAGCGAGAACCAAAGAUAAAACGAAGGCUGCUAUUUGGCGGGAAGAAAAUGCCAAAGACUAGGGCACGAAGUGCAGAAGUGAUCCCAGGAGCCCUCUUUCUCCUUUCCAGGAGACGGUGUCUCGCUUCAAGCAUCAAGUGUCCGAGCAGCUGGGGGUGAUGCGAGCCUUCCUGGGGGCGCUGGAGGCCUCUCUGGGCCGGGAGGCAGAGCGGGUGCAGCAGCAGGCCACAGACGCCUUGCAAAACGAGAGCAAGACCAUGAACCGCUACCUGGACCAGCUCAGGCAGAUGGAGGUCGUGCUGAGAGAGGUGCAAGACGAACCACAGACGGAGUUUCUCAGGGUGAGGCUCUUCAGGGCCACAAAGGUCCUCAUCCCUGACUUUUUCUCUCUCUUUUUUGGUCAUAGCGCUAAUGAGUCACUACAUAUAUGCAAUUCCUACACCGCUUAUGCAAUUGGACGUUCUUUUCCUUGUCCGCUUUUAUUUGUUUUUUUAUAUAAUUUUGUUAUUAGGUUUUUUGGGGGAAAAACAUUUUUUAUACAUAUAAAACAUAACAUUUUCAAUCAACAAAAUACAGAGUUCUUUCGAACUCUUAGACCCCCCUCCAUCCCUCCAUGGGUUCCAUCUUUAAUAUUAUGUUUACUGCAUCUUUUACCCUUAUCUAGCUAUUAGAUAUUUGAUCCAAUACUACAGAUCAUCAAGACUGUCCUUUGUAGUGUUUGCAGAAUCCUCCCUUACGCUCCCCAGUUUUGUAUCACCUCCAGUUUAGAGGAACGAAACCUCUCCCCAUUUCAGCCUAAGACUACAAUUAAAAUGUUGGAAUAGCAGCCAAGCAGCACCUCAUUCUGCCACUUCCCACAAGUCAUCCAGAGUCUCCAUCUGAAAUCCUAGUUGGUAUCAUGUUUAGAAAAGGAAACUUGAAACAUUGGGGCUUGUGGGGAAGGCAUACAUAAUUGGGUUACAUAAUUCAUAGUUCCAAAAUACUGAACUUCCCACCCCCAUCCUAGAACCCCCAGGUACCAAUUUUAUCUUUCCCCCCUAUGACUUCUACCUGAAAUACACCCAUCCUCACAUGAUCAAGGAUUUUAAUGUUUUAUUUUAUAUGGUGUAUAAAAAUUGUAUUACAUAAACAAAUGAAAUUAAAAUAUUGCUGAUUUUUCAUUGUGCUUUUAUUGCUGCUUUCUUUUCUUUUCUUUUCUUUUCUUUUCUUUUCUUGUAUUUCCUUAAUACAAUAGUGAACAACGUAAGAAAUGAAGCAGCAAUAGAAAAAUACAAUUAAAAACCAUACAGUGCCUAGCACAGCACAUUGUGAUUGCUACAGAAGGCAGAAAAAUCAUUUAAUGCUCUGCCAAGACUUUGCAAGCAAUUUUCAAGUGGUCCAUGGGGGAAAGAAAUUUGAUACCUACUGGAAUAGGGCAUAGCAGCUGCUUCUUAUUAUUCUAAUCUAAGCUCUUUCUUUUCCCUGUCUUUUCUCUGCAGAAAUACUGUAUGGUGGCCAGCAGGUGAGCAGCUGUCCCUUUCUAAACCCUGAGCUCUGCCUAAGCUUGACCUGACCCUGUCCUGCCCUCACCCACCUCCUCAUGAGCAGAACAAGACCUUCACUCCACAUAUAUAACAUUCCUCCAGACCUCCUGGGACCCUCUGUUCCUAUGUUAGGAUCAAACCAUUCAGAAAUAUGCCAUCCAUGAAAUGCCAAUGACUGCUCUUGUGCAGAUAAGACACAGUUUUCAUUAAGUGGCUUAUUAAUCUUUGUUAAUAAAUGGUAGAUAAAUACAGUGGUACCUCGGGUUACAUACGCUUCAUGUUGCAUACGUUUGAGGUUACACACUCCACUAACCCAGAAAUAGUGCUUCGGGUUAAGAACUUUGCUUCAGGAUAAGAACAGAAAUUGGGCCCGCAGCGGCAGCAGGAGGCCCCAUUAACUAAAGUGGUGCUUCAGGUUAAGAACAGUUUCAGGUUAAGAAUGGACCUCCGGAACAAAUUAAGUACUUAACCCAAGGUACCACUGUAACACAGUGAGACAACCUAGCUCUGUAUUAAGUCAGUCACCUUUCACCAUACCACUCUUUACAACAGCAACAAAAACUCACCUUUUUUCUUCUAGAAAAAGUGGUGCCAGAACUCACCAUGAAAACUUCCCUUGUUCUCUGAGAAUGGCAAUGGUGCCCACCUGAGAGGUGCUGCAGGAAGAAAAAGCCCUGCUUUUUCUUGAUGUAAGCACAUUCAGGUGCUUUCCAAUAAUCUGAACGCCAUUCUAGUUCAAUUUGAUCCUCAAUAUGACGGGUUUUCUUUUGCAUUACACUUGUUUUACUUGAAUACUGUGUUGAAACCUGCAUUAUAAUGGAAUGCAGUGUGGAAUGUGCUUGUUCAGGAUGCCAGCCAAUCCCCCAGCUCUGCUAUCUUCAAAAAUGUUUCAUUCUCCUUACUCUCUGUUUAAAACACACACACACACACAGAGAGAGAGAGAGAGAGAGAGAGAGAGAGAGAGAGAGACUGCAUUCUGUGCCCAGUGAGAAUGCUCAGUCCUCAUUUGGUUGUUUGCAGGGCUUUUCUCUCUUGGCUAUUUCUUUACUUAUAUUUAUUUGUACUUCUGCAAACCUUUGUCUGACCAGCAUUUUUGGGAUGCUCUUUCCACUGCUGAAAAUCUUCAGAACUUGAACUGUGCAGAGCAGAGCAGGGUUCCCAAACUGUGGUCCAUGGACCAUCAAUGGUCCGCAAGCUUCAUUCAAGUGGUCCUCAAUGUGUGUGUGAAGUUCACUUACAAUUUGAAUUCUAUGGAAUUCAAAUGGCAAUAUGGUGGUACCUCGGGUUACGUACUUAAUUCGUUCUGGAGGUCCGUUCUUAACCUGAAACUGUUCUUAACCUGAAGCACCACUUUAGCUAAUGGGGCCUCCUGCUGCCGCCGCGCCGCCGUAGCCCGAUUUCUGUAGUUAUCCUGAAGCAAAGUUCUUAGCCUGAAGCACUCUUUCUGGGUUAGCGGAGUCUGUAACCUGAAGCGUAUGUAACCUGAAGUGUAUGUAACCCAAGGUACCCCUGUACAAUACAAGAAAUAAAAUAAGCAGUUAAGAUACAAUUAAAAACCAUACAGCACUGAGCACAGCACAUUACAGUUGCUCCAGCAAGCAGAUAAAUAACUUAGUCAUCUGCCAAGACUCUCAGCAAGUUUCAAGUGGUCCAUGGCAGUGAGGGAUUUGGGAACCACUGGUGCAGAGCUUUAAAACAGCAGUGUGAAAGUUUAGAGGAGAAACGAUGCCCUUGAAUUUCUGGAGGUGUGGGAGUGGCAAUUUGGAUUUCUAUUCCCCCACCCACCCAACCCAACCCCAAUGCACACCUUCUUUUCCUUUCUGUAGAUUGCAGAAGAUUCUUGGAGAGUCCCCUCCAAUUGCUCGCAUGGACAUCCAACUCCCCAUCAUUUCAGAUGAGUUCAAGUUCCAAGUCUGGAGGAAGAUGUUCCGUGCACUCAUGCCAGGUAGAGAUCCAAGGAGGGAGGAGCUGUUGGACAAGGCUAUGUGUACUUUUCUGAACAAGGUUUUUAAAAAAAUUCAUCCAGGUAACCCAUAUUCCACACCUGGGGAAGCUGAUACCUGCAGCUCAGAUAAAUUAUGCAAAUGCAGGAAAUCUGCAUACAUUCAUUGAUUUCUACAUUAGCCAAUCAGUGAAAGGAGAAAGGGACUCAGCAGGACAAUACAGCUUUACCCUUGAAGCACCAGAAAUCUUAGGAGUGAAUCAAGAGUGCCAUGACUGGGCGUCCUUUGACUUUUUAAUACUAAAAGCAGCUGUGGAAGCCUGAAGUUCUGCCUACAGCAGUGGUGUCCCAUUCCCUGCUGUUUCCCUGUCCUACAUUGCCUCCCCUCCUAGAUGCUACUAGAAGGGGGAACAGGUAUUUAUUGUGCUCAUCUCCCCCCCCCCACUCCAUCAAACUGCACUAAUAGCACCUUUGAGAGGGGUGAUCUUGAUCAGGAAAACUAUGCAAAGGAAAUGACAUAUCUUGCAGCAUCUGUAAGACCAGUCAAAUUCCCCUCACAACCGAAAAACCAACAUCCCUUUGUGGUGCAUUGUGCAACUUAGCACAUUAAAAUGAGCAAUAUGAUUCCAAGUAUUUUUGUUCCAAAAAUAAAGCAUGGAAAUCCCAUCUGUGGAUUUACUCCUUGCCUUAAGAAAAGUAAAUGAAGGGAAGAGUCAUGGCUCAGUGGUAGCACAUCUGCUUGGCAUGUAGAAGGUCCAGGUUCAAUCUCUGGUAGCAUCUCCCCAGAGAGCACCUGCUAGUCAGCUUCAGAUGUCCAUAGUUGCACUUGUCCCCUGACCUCACCUUCUUCCUCCUCCCCAGCCUUGGAGAACCUCACCUUUGACCCAGACACGGCCCAAGCUAACCUGGUGGUGAACGAGAACGGCAAGCGAGUGGAGUGCGUGGAUCACAAGCAAGCCGUGAGCACCGAUGACCCGCAGCGCUUCGAUAAGUCCAACUGCCUGGUGUCGCACCAGAGCUUCUCGCAAGGCGAGCAUUACUGGGAGGUGAUAGUGAGCGACAAGCCCCGCUGGGCUUUGGGCCUCAUCUCGGCCGAGGCAGGACGCAAGGGCCGGCUCCAUGCCACCCCCUCCAAUGGCUUUUGGCUGGUGGGCUGCAAGGAAGGCAAGACAUACGAGGCCCAUGUGGAACACAAGGACCCACAGUCGCUGAAGCUGGAGGGGAAGCCCAGCCGUAUUGGCGUCUACCUGAGCUUUGAUGACGGCAUCCUUGCCUUCUACGAUGCCAGUGAUGAAGACAACUUGGUUCCCAUGUUUGCCUUCCACGAGCGCUUCACGGGCACUGUCUACCCCUUCUUUGAUGUCUGCUGGCACGAUAAGGGCAAGAACAGCCAACCCUUGGUCAUCUACACUCCAGAACCAGAAGGGCCGUAGUCAACCCUGGGAAGAAGUUAUUGGCACCACCAAACCUAGUCAGCUCUUACUUUAUAGACACACCAAGCCAUGGCCUCUCUUUAAAUGUCCCCAAAGUGUGUGAGCCACAUCCCUAGCCCAUUCGAAAAGACACCCAUAUUGCCUCCGGGUAUAAGCUUGCUGGAGCGGAAGUGUCAUAACUUCAGCAUAAACACGGGAUCUGGCACCAAGUCUGGAAUCCUAGCCGCCUGAUUGGUUUCCAAAUGCAACUUCUCUGCCCUUGUAGUUCACCAAGUAAAACGGGGGGAAAUGUGGGCAGCAUCUGCACGCUCAGAAAUGAGUGAGAGCCUGGGCAUGCCUCCCAGUGGCUGGGGGAUGGGGGUCUGGUGGCCCUAGAGAGCUCUGUACCCCAGUCCAGUGCCUGCUGUGCCCCUUCCUCUCUCCCAACACCAGCCAUCUUAAGUCAAGCUCCAUGUCCUCCAUUCCAUCCACCCAUUUAUAUCUGCCAUCACAAUACAGAAGAGUCCCUUCUUUUCUUUUUUCUUUUUGAAAGCCUGAGUCUUGGAGGCACAAUAAAUUGGUGUAAAGAAACAAGGAGGUCUGUGCCAAUUUACCUUACAUGCUUCUUCUUUUUCUACUUCUUCUGAGCGCUCAAUGUCAUUUUUAAGGGUCUCAAGCUUGGACCUUGAUUGAUACACUCAAGAACAUAAGAUGAGUUCUGCUGGAUCAGGCCAAGGCAUUCAGAAACAUACAGCCUUCCACAGUAGAGAUAGUAUACAGUAAUCAUGGCUAGUAGCCUUCUCUUCAAAUCCUCCUCUAAAGCCAUCCAAGAGUAUAUCUUGUAGGAGCAAGUUCUGUAAUUUCACUACACGCUGUGUUAAGAAACACGUCAAUUUGCCUGUCGUGAAUCUUCCAAACAUUCUUUAUUGGACGUCCACAACGUCUAGUGUUAUGAGAAAGGGAGAAGAGCUUUUCUCUAUCCAUUUCCUCCAUUAUUUUAUACACUUCUACCAGGUCAGGUCCUCUCUUACUAACUAAGGUGUUUUGAGAGAAGAAUCGCUUUGCAUUUCUAUAAGCAUGCACACAAACACACGUGAUUUAAACACAUUCCUUUUAUCCCACUGUCAAAAAACCAGCUUACUGAACAUGAACGUGGGUGACAGCCUUCAAGUGUGUUUAAAAACAGCUAUCUUGUCUUCGGAAGGUGAAGAAAGGGGCAUUUUCUUUCUAAAAGAGAGGAACUCCUCAGACAAUGAGUAGUUCAUGAUCUGUCUACUUGUUUCAAAACAACUAUACUUUCUGUUCCUAAUAUGUACAAACAGGAACUCCAAAAUGUUUGCCGAAUGAAGUCACCCACAAUACCCUUUCUCUCUCUACUCAGCAGAUACGCAUUGCAAAAUGAUGUUGUUCUGUAUACCCCUUUAACUGCUAUGGCUUCCCACAAAGUUUCCUGGGAGUUGUAGUUUGAAUAAUGAGCAUGCAGUUAAAAAUCCCUAGCAAUUUCAAUUUCAAUGGGAGGGCAAAGUGAUUUCCUCACAGUGGCUGACCAGAUAUUUAUGGAAAGACCACAAGUGGGACUUGAGCACAAGAGCAACUCUCCCCACUUGGAAGCCCCAGAAACAGGUGUUCAAAGGCACACUGCCUCCAACAGUGGAAGGAGAACAUAGCCAUCAUGCUCAGGAGGCACUGACUAAAGGUAAAGGUAAAGGGACCCCUGACCAUUAGGUCCAGUCAUGGAUGACUCUGGGGUUGUGGCACUCAUCUCACUUUAUUGGCCGAGGGAGCUGGCGUACAGCUUCCAGGUCAUGUGGCCAGCAUGACUAAGCCACUUCUGGCGAACCAGAGCACUGCACGGAAACGCCGUUUACCUUCCCGCCAAAGCAGUACCUAUUUAUCUACUUGCACUUUGAUGUGCUUUCGAACUGCUAGGUUGGCAGGAGCAGGGACCGAGCUACGGGAGCUCACCCCGUCGCGAGGGUUCAAACCACCGACCUUCUGAUCAGCAAGCUCUAGACUCUGUGGUUUAGACCACAGCACCACCUGCUUCCCUAGGCAACUAGUAGGAAUUUAUUUCCAAAUAGACGUACAUGGGAUUGCAAAUUGCUCAGAAUUGGAAUCCUGAGCCUCAUGAAAACUCACCAGCAUUUCUGUGCAAAUUUCUCUAAAGAUACAGAUUUUUGCAAAGCAUUUCCCCCUAAUAAACAUGUAUUUUUGCUUGUUCUUUUCUCUGCUAUAUGCAUUAAUAUGCACAUUUUACCCAGGUUAUAUGCAUUUUUGUGUACAUUGCAUGACGAGAACUGAACUGCAAACUUCAGAGAAGCACAAAUUUC